UGAUCCCCCUCCCAGGCGGUAUCCUGAUCGAGUCAGGAAAACCCCCGGUUGGUUGGUGGACUAUGAAACUCAGUAAAUGGAGUAAUCAAGUGUACAAAGUGUAGAUAGCGUUGAACCAUGUCCUGUUCGCACGUUGAAGAACUUCAGAAAGUUUUUGUUGUUGUUGUUGUUUAUUUUGUUUUGUUUGAUCUUGAGAUCACGGGGGCGUGUGGUUAGCUGUGUGAUUCUCGGGAAAGUAGUCGAGUACGGUAGGCUACCUAUUUGACAUUGAAGAAAACAAGGACAGGCCGAGGCGUGAGCCACGGACUUUUGAAGACUGCGUGAGUAGCGGUCGAGGCGCAGAGCAGAGAGUUGCGACCAGUCAGUGCAAGUUGGAUCGCUACAUGAGCAGACUAUAAGUCUUUAUCAUGUCUUCCAAGCCGGUACACAUCCUGAGUCUUUCUGACCCAACGGUGCUAGAAUUGCAGCGUGCUCUCAAGCUAGCACAAAACACGGGAGCUUCCCCAGAUGUGAUUAAAUCAAUCAAGAUGGCGUUGGAGCUGGUGGAUCUCCGGGAGAAGUACACUGAUUCGGUCACCAGUGGAGAGACGGAAGUUUGCCAAAAGAUCCUCGCGGAGACCUAUAAGCAUGACUGGAAACGUUUGCACGCAGAUGGGAAAAUCAAGGUGGAUCUGUCGCCCGUGAUGAUGACAGGAAAAUUGGAAGGUCAGUUUUUAAAGUCUAUGGUGAGCAUUCAGAAGGCAAAGCGUGUUCUGGACAUCGGCAUGUUCACUGGGUAUAGUGCACUGUCCAUGGCUGAGGCCCUACCUGCUGAUGGAGAGCUUGUCACUCUUGAUUUUGAUAAGUAUCUGGAGACCUUUACCGGAUCUCUCCUUCGGGAGUCGCCUCAUGCCAAGAAAAUACAAAUCUUUAUCGGCUCACUCUCAGACUACAUGAAAGACACUGUGAAGGCGGGAAAAAGUUUUGACCUGAUCUUUAUGGAUGCCGACAGAUCUUAUUACCCAGAAUACUUGAAGGUUGUGGUGCCUCUCCGUGACGGCGUGGUGAUGCUGCGGAGAAAGGCGGACGUUGAUGGCCAAGUACCACAAUGAUCCAGAAACAAAACGUCGCCUCAGAACUAGAUGUAUUUUGUCCAGUUUUGAAAAAUCAAGUUUGAAAAAUUUCACCACAGUGUCUUUUGCUGCCGUUUUGAUAUUUUAAAAAAGUUCUUUUAACACCCAGAGAUGACAACUUUUUAUUUCCCGAAUUCAACAGAUGGUGGGUCGUUUGUAGCCGUGUACCUCUUUUUUAAAUGUUAUUUUGUGGAGCCUGGACAAUUUUUUAAAAAUAAUUAAUUUACCCAGAAUAAAGUGGGUUUUAGUCGUGUGGAUUUUGAACCCAGAGCUUUGUAAAAGAGUUAUUCUCUCAAAAAUAACUUGUGCACGAGCACAAAGGACAGAGCAUCAAGCUAGAGAAACUGAAAGGACAGAUCGAACACACAGGUCAGAACUGGUCUAUUGCGGGGCUCUCCGUCAGACGUAGAGGAGUUUGGGAUGCUCGGCUAUGGUUAUUGUUUGUCUUAGUGAUGGUUUCUUAUCAUGUAA